AUGGUACAGAACCCGGAGUCAGAUCAUCCCUUUGUAGGAUUAUCAGAAGAAAAGGAAAAAGUUGUCGCUGAGAUUGUUGCACAACUUCGUGGUAAAACAAUCAGAGCGCCAGAUAUUUCUUAUACAUCUAAAGAAAUAGAUUGUCAAUUGGAUGCACAACAGAAUUGGAGUUUUAAAGGUGAUCCUUUCACCCCUACAUUAUUAUUGAAGUUAGAAACAUUUCAAGUCAUUCAAAAAGGGAUCGAUGCCAUAUUAAACAUGGAUGGAAAGAUGUUGAUAAUGUGGAUUUUUUUACCAAGGUUUACUUUAGAAAUAUGGCAAAUCAAACAUGUAAUUUCACAGCAAGAAUCAGUAUCACCUGAACCUGUAUCAUUCUAUUGUUCCUCAUGCUCAAAAACCUUUACCGAUUCAUACAAUAUGAUUAAACAUAUGGAGAGUAACCAUGCAUACAAACGAAGACAUUGA